UGAAAUGAAAGCAACACAAGGCGAUUUGUGUCCGUAGGACUGUUCUUAUGAUGUACGGGGGGAUGAGUGUCGCUCUGUAAGAUCUCUCUAAAAGAGAUCCUCUUUAGGAGAAGGAAUGGACGAGCAGAAGUCAAACUGCGAAGAAAAUGAUUCAGAAACGGCAGCUGAUGACAGUGCCUCUUCAAAGAAGACUGUCCCAUCUCCAGGGGAAUCGAAUGCCCCUCUUGCUGCAGGGGACAUCUCAGGCACUACUGUGGACAUUUCCAGUGCACCAGCGGAUAUUGUCAGGGCCUGUGCACUCUGUAACUGUAUGGAAAGAAGUCUUCACGGACAACGGGAGCUCCGGUGUUUUGGGCCCUCUUCCUGCUGGCCCAAUCUGGAGGCCUCUACCUCCUUACCGCCGUUGGCUGGGAAUGAUGACCUGUCUUCCAUUGGCUUCUCUGAACACAACGGUCUUUCGUUUCUUUUCGAUGACACAGGAUGCUGUUGGGUUCAUCACUGGUGUGCAGUAUGGUCAGAAGGAGUGCAACAGGGUGAAGGCGAGGAGCUGAUAAAUGUAGACAAGGCAGUCAUCUCAGGGAUACAGCAGCUAUGUGAUUAUUGUAAAAGAAUGGGCGCGACCAUCAGUUGCCGCGGUGAGGGCUGCUCGCGUUUCUACCACUUCCCAUGUUCAGCAGCAAGUGGAUCAUUCCAGUCCAUGAAGCAGUUGGCUCUCCUGUGUCCCGAGCACAUAGACAAGGCAGAGGAGAUGGCUGGAGAGGAGGCGCGGUGCGCUGUGUGUGACUCUGCUGGGGACCUGUCGGGGUUGCUGUUUUGCACAGGCUGUGGGCAACACUACCAUGAUGCCUGUCUAGAGAUCAGUGCUACACCACUCCAGCGUUCUGGCUGGCAGUGCCCAGAGUGCAAGGUGUGCCAAACCUGCAGGCAACCAGGGGAGGACUCUAAGAUGUUGGUUUGUGAUGCAUGUGACAAGGGCUAUCACACCUUUUGUCUGCAGCCGGCUAUGGACUCUGUGCCUCCAGACUCAUGGAAGUGUAGACGGUGUCGUGUAUGUGCUGACUGUGGUUCACGAGGACUUGCCUUGCCUGGCUCUGAGCAGUGGUUUGAAAGCUAUUCAGUGUGCGAGAGUUGUCAGCGGAGGCGCACGUCUGUCUGUGGGGUUUGCAGUAAGGUCACUGAGUCCUCAGCCCCCCUACAGCACUGCUGCACCAUCUGUCACAGAUGGGUGCACAGUGAUUGUGCCUCACUCUCCGAGUAUCCUGAAGAGAAAUGCGUAUGUUUGACAUGCAGGGAAACACCUUCUGAAAUCACAGAGACAGAGAUGCUGGAUAGGAAGACUGAUCUGGAGGAACCCAUGGAACUGGGUACUGAAACUAAGGUGGCUGGACUGGCGGAAGUGAAAGAAAGCAAUAUGGAAGCAGGGCCACAGCAAGGCACGGGUGAGCUCUCUAUUGAGCCACACCUGGGUAGUGGAGACUCCACUGAGCAACAGACCUCUGAGUUUGCAGGUGGCGAUGGUGUUCUCAGAGAAGCCUGUACUGACCCUGUUGCUGAACUUGCUGACAGUACAGAGGAGAAGCCUGAGGAGUCACAGAUCCCUCAGGGCGGCUUUGCUAGCCCUGUCACGGACAUUCCGGUGGAAGCCCAGGUGCAUGUAGCAGAGACCCCAGCAGGUCAUCAUGUUCUGCCACAAGAGGAAGCCAGUGGUCAGGAGCAGAUGGAGUCGAGCAGCAGUGUGGAUGCUACAGUAACGAAGCCUCCUCCAGUCUCCUCCUCCCCUUCCCUUCUGUCCCCUUCACCUGUCGAUUUGGAAAAGGCGGAGCCUGUUGCAUUGGGUGAGGAGAAGGCGGAGCCAGAGGUGCAGAAUGAGGAGGUUUCAGACAGGGCUUCUACUGCUGCUCCUCCAGCGGAGCCGCCCUCUGCCUCAGACACAGACGACAGACCCGGUCAGUCGGAGGAUGACGAGGAAGAGGACGAAGACCAUGGUGGGGAGGAGCUGUUGGAGGACUCUCUGUGUAAAGAUGGUGGUCUGGCAGAAGGUCUUCAGAAGCAGGAGGGUGAGGCUCAGGAAGCAGGUGCUAAGUCAGAUCUGCUGCUUGACGAGAUGUCCAACCUGAGCCACGGCGAUGAGAGCAGCAGCGGCUUCCUGGGCUCACCGGCAGAGGCCGACUCCCAGAUGCUGAACGUGGACCUUAGUGUCGUGCCGGCCAGCAGAGCACGUUCUGAUUCCUUGCUCACUGAGACCGAUGAUUCCUUGCCCUUUGACUCCCUCAAGUCUGAUGGAGAGAAGUUAAAGAGGAGAGGAUCUCCAGGUCGCUCUAGAGUGAAACCGGGAAGGGGUGGUGGUUUCCCAGGGAAACGACGACCACGAGGUGGGGGUGCUGGAAGAGGACGAGGGCGAUCACGCCUCAAAGCUAUGGCCUCUUGCAUCGAUGCCUUUUUGCAAACCAUGACUGCAGACACUGGACUGAGCAAAGAGGAGGAGGAGGAGGAGGAUGAUACCAUGCAGAAUACUGUGGUUCUCUUCUCCAACACUGAUAAGUUUGUUCUGCUGCAGGACAUGUGUGUAGUCUGUGGCAGUUUCGGACGAGGUGUGGAGGGCCAGUUGCUAGCUUGUGCACAGUGCUCUCAGUGUUAUCAUCCAUAUUGCGUGAACAGCAAGAUCACCAAGAUGAUGUUGAGAAAAGGCUGGCGUUGUCUCGAGUGCAUUGUGUGCGAAGUCUGUGGGAAGGCAUCCGAUCCUUCCCGCUUGCUGUUGUGUGAUGACUGUGAUGUCAGCUAUCACACCUACUGCCUGGACCCGCCCUUGCACACUGUGCCCAAGGGAGGCUGGAAGUGCAAAUGGUGUGUGUGCUGCAUGCACUGUGGGGCCAGCUCACCCGGGUUCCACUGCGAGUGGCAGAAUAACUACAAUCACUGCGGCCCCUGUGCCAGUCUGGUCACGUGCCCCGUGUGUCGGCAAAACUUCAUGGAGGAAGAGUUGCUACUGCAGUGCCAGCACUGUGACAGAUGGGUACAUGCUGUAUGUGAGAGCCUCUAUACUGAGGAUGAGGUGGAGCAAGCUUCAGACGAAGGCUUUGCCUGUACUGCUUGCACUCCGUAUGUUCCCAGACCUGUUGUGGAGUCUCCAAUGAUUUCUGCCUUCAAGAUAAAAGAGCCUGAGCCGCAGUUUUACCGGCUAGAGGGGGUCUGGCUGACGGAGACGGGCAUGUCUUUACUGCGCAGCAUCUCCAUGUCUCCUCUGCAUAAGCGCAGGCAGCGGCGUUCACGAUUGGGCACCAUUUGUAUUGAGGGAGCUGCUGAUGGCCUGGAGCUGAAAGAGGGCGAGGGUGAUGGAGAUGAGGUUAAAGGCUGUGCUGAGUCAAUAGAGUGUGAAUCCAAACUGGAAGCUCCUGGAAGCCCAGACCGUGAAGGAGGAAUGGACAAGGAGCCUGGGAUGGAUGGAGGCACAGAGAGCCUUGCUGACUGUGAGGUUCUCAAAGGAGGAGUAGAAGAGACUGAUGAAGGAAAGAAGAGGAAGCGAAAACCAUACAGGCCAGGGAUCGGUGGAUUCAUGGUCCGACAAAGAAAAUGCCACACACGGAUGAGAAAAAGCUUGUCUGCAUCUGGGGAUGGUGUGUCUGAAGGACAGGCAGCUGAGACAAAACUUGAAGAAGGCCCUCAUCCUGAUAUGGAUCCACCUGAUCUUAAGGCUUUGGAAGGAGAAGGUGAGCAAGCCAAAAAGCGUAGGGGGAGAAAGAAGAGCAAGUUGGAGGACAUGUUUCCUGCAUACCUACAGGAAGCUUUCUUUGGAAAGACAUUGCUCGACCUGAGUAAGAGGGCUUUUCUGGCCCCUACGGGACAGAGACCUUCUCAGGGCCUUCUGAAACCCUCAUUACCUGCUCUUCUGGCUGGACCUGCAGCUCCUGAAUCAGUCGAGGCUGGGGAACGAGCAGCUACAUCCUCGGUGCAGCUUAAGCAGGAGGCGGAUGGUUCAAAGUCUCAUGGAGAGAUAAAAAUGGUGCCAGGAACAGGUGAACAGCCUUCUUUCCAAGUUCAGAGUUUUGAUGAUACACCUGGUCCAGAUUCACAAACGAAUAAAGGUCUUCCACAGGAAACAGAAAGUCAGAAUUCUGAGCAGUUCUUCCAGAAAGUACUUGGACCCUUGGAGGGGAGUUCUCAAAGUGGCACAGUUCAGGCUGGCAUGAGGCCUGUCUUAGAAGGGGAGCCAAAUCGCAGUGGUUUGCCCCAAAGAAACCUUCCAGGUGCUGCUGGCUCAUUGCCCUCAGCUAAUAUAACAGAGUCAUUUCAGGGACUUUCUCAAUCCCCGUUUUUUGACCUGCGUGACCGGAGUGGACUUUUCAGUCCAGAGCAGGAUGAGGACAGCCCUUGGGCAACACCAUCUACUCCAGCCACUCCGUCUACUCCUCCAACUCCUACUGAACAGGAGGGUGAUGGCCUCUCUUAUAACCAGCGCAGUCUGCAGCGCUGGGAGAAAGAUGAGGAGCUUGGAAAUCUGUCUACUAUUUCUCCUGUGCUCUAUGCUAACAUAAAUUUCCCUAACCUCAAGCAAGACUACCCUGACUGGGCCAGUCGCUGCAAGCAGAUCAUGAAGGUUUGGAGGAAAGUAUCAGCUGCAGACAAGGUUCCCUAUCUGCAAAAGGCCAAAGAUAACAGAGCAGCUCAGAGAAUCAGCAAGGCACAGAAGCAGGCUGAGAGUCAGGUGUUGAGACCUAUUAAAACCGAGACAGUUCGUGUGAAAACAGAACGUCCUAAUCUGCACCUUCAAAUUCCGCCGCCCUCUGGGUCUCUUUCCACUCCUUCUCAGCCUAGUUCUGCCGAGAGCCCCUUUCCAUUUACCCCAGAUACUGCACCUACAGCCUUUUUCCCAGACGGAUCUCUGAAGUCUUCAAGCUCAACGGAUGUUCAGACUGAGCCUUUUUAUAAGCCCCCAUCCCAGUCCCCGCAUGCUCAAUCUCAACCAUCCACCCCUUUCUCCCAUCCUUCCUCCAGUCCCCUGCAGGCCUCCUCAGGUUUCCCUUUACCUGGCCCACAGGGUGCUCCUCAGGGACGGCCAGCCAGUCAUGGAUCUCUUGAUAUGCAGCCAGGGACUCCUCGCAGAGCCCAGCAGAUUGACCCGUUUUUUAAACCACAGCAGCAGGUCCUUCCACACCAGACUCAGCAGGCCUCUCAGGAACCUGUACACUUCCCUGAGAGCCCUAGACCCAAAACUAGUGGGAAAGGAGAAUCCCCCAUGUUCUCCCCACCUCACACAACUCACCAAGGAGAACCCUUUCGUGGUCAGCAGGGAAUUGGUCGACAAGAGUACGCUUCAUCUUCCUCUCCCUCUGCUGUGGCUUCUUCUCCAGCUGGAAUGGGGCAAAACAGGGCAGACAUGAGUGCCCCUUCUCCACGUGCCUCUAUCAGCCGACAGGAACUAGGCACUGGUUCCCCAGCAGGAAUGCUGGACUCUGGAGAUGGCUUGUUCAAAGCUCCUAUGACGCCACGUAUGCAUCAGGGGGAUUCUGGAAGCUCAUCUGCUCCCCUCCCACCUAACGCCUCCCCCAAUCAUCCUUCCGAGAGUUAUCGCCAGUCUCCCUCUACGUUUUCUGAUCCAUAUGGCCAACCUCCUCUCACACCCCGGCCACAAUCAGGAGACGGUUCAUCCCCUUUACAUGAGAAACUGCCUGUACCACAGCAAGAACCUUAUCCAAAAGUGGCCUCUAGCCCUCAUUCAAAAGGCAGUUCUCAGUCACCUCUCACUCCAGCAAUGCUGUCUAAUGAUGGACACUCGGUGCAGUCGCCAGCUGCUCAGCGCUUUCAGUCUCCAGACCCAUACUCUCGGCCACCCUCACGGCCUCAGUCUACAGACCCUUUUACCUCGAUACACAAACCUCCUCGGACAACUUCAGCAGAGGCUUCCUUUAGAGGCUCCCCUCACCCUAGCCAGCAGCCUCCUUGUUCACCAUCUGUAGGGGAUCCGCUCACUGGAAAACCCCCUGGGCCCCCUACAUUUAAUCUCAGCCCCAGUAUGGGUGCCCUUCAAAUUGGUCAGCAACAACCAAUGGCCCAACAGCAAGUGAUGACUCACCAAGCUCAGGUCCAACUCCAACAACCAUCACCCCAGCCGCAAAUCAUGGCUGCGGAAGUAAAUGCUAGAAUAUCGCUACCAUCUGGAAACCAAGACAACGUUUCUGUGCGGCCACCAGAUGCACCACAUCUGCCGGGCAUGCCGGCCUCACAAGAACUGCCUGACCUUUCAGCUGGUCAAGAUCAGGCUCUCAUUGGCCUUAGUCCGUCUGAGCUUGAAAAGCAUAGACAGAGACAGAGACUCAGAGAAUUUUUAAUCAGGCAGAAAAUGCAGAGGAACUCACUCCGCCAAGAGAAGGAGGCAACUACAGCCAGUAAUAAUGCCUCAAAUUGGCAAGAAGGUGAAAUGGCAGUCUAUCAGCAAGAUAAAACACAACGUGCACCACCUCCUUAUCCACAGGAUAGAGCAGCUGUUGCUCAGGUAGCCGUCACUGGCAAGCUGGCUUUGCCUAUAGGAGCAGUAGAGGAGAAGCUGUGUCGCCCACCCCUACCUGGAACACCUGGUAUUAUGGACCAUAAUAUUUUAAGGCAAGCUGGCCCUAAUAUCGCCCAGGGCAUGUAUCCACGGCCGCCGUUUCCUGCACAGUGGCAAGGCCAGACUGUCGGUCCACGGAGGUUCUCGCAACCAUCCAUGAUGGAGAUUGGGCCCAGACAUCACCUUAAUGCUUCUAUGAACAAUCCCCUCAAUAUGCAGGGUAUACAAGGCAUGCCUAAUUCUCUUGCUGUGGUGCAGGGCACUGGAACAGAGACCGUGCAACCAUGUGUGUCUGGACCUCCACCACAGUUCAUAGAAUUAAAGCAUAAUGCCCAGAGGAUACCACUGGGGCCCCAGUUUUUACCAAGGGGACCUCAGCCCCGCCCUCGUAUGUUUAUACCACAGCCAGAAGUAUCUGCUCGAUUUGUUCCACCACACUUGCCUCCUCCUCUUGAUUCUCGGGCAGAGGGUGGACAAGAUGCCAGACUUGGGAUACCACAAACUGGCAUGGGCUUGUUGAUUCCUCAGCAGAGCAAUAUUCCUCCCCCUCCUUCCCAAUUACAGCCCCAGCAGGUACCAAUUACCCCAUCAAACACAUCUGGUUCCCACUCUGCUACCCAGCACCAGGGUUCUCGGAGUAAUACCGUAGGAGCACAGCAGUCAGCUGAGGUUACUGUUGAAUUACCGGAGCCUGACCUUGAGGACCCUUUUGCUGCCAAAGACCUGGGAGAUACAGGAGCAGAGGCUGGAGUAGAAGAUGAUGACCUUGCACUCGACCUGGAUCCUGAUAAAGGGGAUGAUGAUUUGGGGAACCUUGACAACCUCGAAACAAAUGAUCCACAUUUGGAUGAUCUGCUCAACAGUGAUGAAUUUGACUUGCUUGCGUACACGGACCCUGAACUUGAUCAAGGUGAUCCUAAGGAUGUGUUUUCUGACCAAUUGCGACUGGUUGAAGCAGAAGGAGAAGGUUCAAGCACCGCUGUCAGCACAGAAAUUAAGACAGAGGAGAAACCUAAAGUAAGUUUAAUUGCCAAGGGCUCACUCACAGUUCCUACACAACCUUCAAAAACUGAGAGCACAUCUUGCAGUGUUUCGCUACCACUGAAAACAGAGUGCUCAGAUGACAGUGGACUCUCUUCUAUAAAACUCGAAGAGAAGGGCUUGGUUGAGCAACAGCAGUCAUCACAGACUGUGGUUAAAGAUGAAAUGGGGCAGGCUGUUUCUUUGCUUCUUAGUGCGACAUCAUCCAAAACCUCGACUCAGCCAGAGAAUUCAUCUGCGUCACUCAGCACUGUACGCUUAGGUGGUGUGCCAUUUCCUCUUCCCACCCAAGAUGAUUCACUGUCUUUUCAAUCAAAUACUACUCAUCCAGACUUGAGUGAGGACCCCCUUGGCCUACCAGAUGGUGGAGGGCAGCAUUCACCUGCAGUUGAUCUUGACAAAGUAGAAAGCUCAUUGGAGGCAAGUGAACUGCCUUUACUGAUUCAGGACCUCCUGGAGCAUGAAAAGAAAGAGCUUCAGAAACAGCAGCAACAGCAGCAAAUGAAUUCUCUACAGGGAGGGUUGGGCAGUCACCUUCAUAAUCUUCAGAAUCAGCAACAACCUUCUGCAGGGCCAAAUCAGAUUUUGCUACCACAUCAUCGUCCACCUCAGGGUGUUGUGAGUCAACCUGGAAUGGUACCAAGGCCUCCUAAUAUGCUUACACCACAGCAGCAGAGGUUACUUAGUGCAGCAAUGCCCCCGCCUCCACCUGUAGCAAUGGGGCAGCCACAAGGUGUGAUGCGAGGUGGACAGCCAACUAGCAUACACCCUGGUCUUAAUCCACAGCAGCAAGCACCACUACCUCAGCACCUGGCAAAACAACAAUCUCUCCCCAGCACCUUCUUCCCUGAUAAAGAUCUGGAUAAGUUUAUGACUGAUGACAUAAUGGAUCCUAUUGCAAAGGCAAAAAUGGUGGCACUGAAAGGCAUUAAAAGGGUAUUGACUCAAGACCCCAUGGCUGUACCACCUGGGAUCAAUAGGCAACAAGUAACAAUUUUAGCUCAGAGGCUGGCCUCAACCCCAGGAAGUGGAGACCCUCAACCCCAUCUUGGACCUGGAUCAUCUAAGGAGGGGGAAAGCAGUGACCAGGCUCAGCCACGACCUAAUCCUCCCCAGUUUGUCCAAGGCAUCAUUAAUGAUGCUGAGCAGCACCAGUAUGAAGAGUGGCUUGUGCACACCCAGCAGUUGCUACAGAUGCAACUGAAGUUCUUAGAGGAGCAGAUAGGAGCCCAUCGCAAAUCUCGCAAAGCUCUUUGUGCUAAGCAGCGCACUGCUAAGAAAGCGGGGCGUGAAUUUGCAGAGGCCGAUGCUGAAAAGCUAAAACUGGUCACGGAAGAGCAAAGUAAGAUCCAAAAACAACUGGACCAGGUACGUAAACAGCAGAAGGAGCAUACAAAUCUAAUUGCUGAAUACAGAAGUAAACAGCAGCAGCAUCAGCAGAGCUCCUCCAUGUUAGCACCUGGUCCUUCCAACCAGGGUCCCCAUAUGCUUUCUAAGAUGCCUGGCCAGAUGAUGAUGGGCCAACAAGGUGCACCAAUGAUGGGUCAAGUAUCUGGAGGCAUUCCUCAAGGAAGUAUGCCUGUUAGAAUGCCACAAGUGCAUCCAUUCACGGGUGCCCAACCCCAUCAUGCUGGGGCACAUGGUCCUGUGCCAACUGGCACACCUGGUGGAUUCUUCCCACAAGGCACUGGUGCACAAGGACCAGACCCAAGACUUCUUCCGGACCGACAGUUACAACAAAGGAUGCAGAUGGUUCAGAAAUUACAGCAGCAGCAGUUUUUGAUUGGACAGCAGCCUAUGCCACAUCAAGGUCAACAACAAGGUGUUCUGAGUCAACAGGCUGGAGCUGUGGGUGGUCAGCCACCCCAGGCUUUGAUCGGCAACACAUUAAUAGGACAGCAACAGCCAAAUCUUCAACCAGGAUUAAUAUCUACCCAGCAAAAUCAACAAAGUCUACUGCAGGUUCCUCAGGGCAUUAUGGGGAAUCAGGGAGUCGGGCAGCCUCAGCCAAAUCUCAUGGCCCAGCCGCUGUCUCAAAAUCAGAAUAUUAUGCCGGGCCAACAAGGCAUGGCUGGAAAUCAAGCUGUGCAGCAGCUUCAGAGACCUCAGGGUUUGAUGAAUCAGCAGGGACCUGGUGGACCACAACAUGUUCUUAGAGGACCGCAGGCCGAGCUUACGCCUCAGCAGCAAAACGUUUUGGCACAGCGAAUGCUUCUUUCUCAGCAGAAUGCAGCGAAAAACCUAGCACAGCUCCAACAGCAGCAAAUGCCGCAGCAGAGACAACCCGCACAAGUAGGCCCCUUAGAACCACAAGUAACACUGGGAACGCCCCCCUCAGGCACCGUUCAGGGCAAAGUUGAGAAUUUGCAGCAGGGAGUUCCGGCUCUCUCACAAGAUGUUCAAAGCCCUGCUCCUAAAGAUGCGGGAAUUCUCAGCCCUAAAACCCCACCACAGCAGGGCGGACCCUCCGUUCCGAUCCAGAUGCCUCAACAGUUGCCAGGUGGAGAUUUGCCUGGAGCAGUUGGACAGCAACAGCAAGCACUUGCUUAUAUGGCUCAACAGCAACAUGCAAAACAGCAGCAGUCGGGACAAAAUGCUGGCCAGGUGCAGCAACAUGCCUAUGUUGGCAGUCAGCAGGCUGGAAUACAACCUCAAGUGCAACAGCAACAACAGAUGCAGCUUGUUCUUCAGAGGCAGAAUUCUAUUAAUGCAGAACCAGGGAAACAAGAAGGUCAGCAGAUAUGUUAUGUCACCCAACAGCCACAACAAAAAAGUCAGAGUGUUCCCCAGCAAAUGCAAGGCAUGCUAGGUCAACAAAGUGGCCAGAAUCCAUCUGUAAUGGCUGGAAAUGCGAAUCAACAAGACAUGUUGCUCCAGCAGCAGAAGCAAGCCUUGCUUGAGCAAAUAAACAGAGGUCAGCAAGUCAUGAUGGCCCCAAGGCCAGGUGCCCCUCCUGGACAGAUACGAACUCCUGUUAACAUUCAGGCCUUCAUUGCACAGAACCCACAACUACGUCAACUGCCUCCUAACCAGCAGUUGCAGCAAAUUCAGGCAAUGAUUGCUCAGCGACAAGCUCAGCAGCAGGGCCAGAUUCUGAGAUUGCAGGGACAGGCACAGGCCCAAAUGCGUCCACAGGGGCAACCUGUUGGCCCAAGAAUGCCAGGGCUUGAGACACAGCAGCAACACCCCUAUGCCUUUGCUGGUAAACAAGGUCCAGUGGGAUCUCCAGAUCACCAAGGAGUAAUGGGCCAGUCUUCUGUCAUGACUCCACAGUAUCAUCAGGGUACUGGAUCACUGCAGCAACAGACAUCACAAGGAGCCUCGCCUCAGUACAGCAGCGUCCAGCAACAGCAGCAGAUGAUGCAGAAGCAUCAAAUGAUGAGAGGACAGGUGCCUUUGAGUCGACCAAUGUUGGGUCCAGUUCGCACAGCACCUCUUGGUCACAUGGCCAGGCCAAUGUCUCCUCGUCAACUCAUGGCUCAAGGUUCACCUGGCAGCCCUCUUUCUAGUCAGCAAAGGCAAAUCAUGAGCAUGGCUCAGACUCCACCAGGCCAACAGUCUCACGGGAUGACGGCACUUAGUCCUUUUCAGGCGUCUCCUUCUCAUGUGGGUUCUCCUGCUGGCUCCACUGUUCAAGAAGCUGGCUCAAGCCCAGCAUCUUUCAGUAAACAGGAUUCAGGCACCCCAUCUCACUCUACACACCUGUCAACUCCAUCUAGAUCAGAGUUUGCUGUUGGCCAAAGCAGCCCUUUUAACAACAUAGGAACAUCAGCUGCCUCACCGCUAAGAUCUCCAAUGGCAAAGACUCCACAAGAUUUAUUGGGUCUUAAGUCAGAGCCCCAGAGCCAGAAUGUUGAAAUGAUGAGCACUCCUGUUCCAUCUAAUGGCCCAUCUCCUAGGUCCAAUGAGAGCUUCCCACAACAGCCAUCAACUCCAGUUGUGGCUGAUAAUGUAUCUCAUUCAACAGCAGUAACUACUGAAGGAUAUCCAUGCAAGAUCGCACUGCAAAACAUAAAACAAGAACCUCGAGAAAUUCAGUGUGACUCAGGCAAUGGUGGAGAGGCUCCUACUGCAGCUAUUAAACGAGAAAUAACUGGUGAGAUGGUUAGUAACAGUAAUGCUGGUAGUUUUGUCAGCUCUGCAUCUGGUCCUGGAAAUCCAUCAGGAGAUCCUGCUGCCCAAAUCCCCAAAACUGAGACAGGACAGCAGCUUUUGCAGAAGCUCCUUCGAACCAAGAAUCUUCAGUUGGCAUCCCAGAGGCCAACUGAUGGAAUUCACAAUGAAAUAAAUGGUCAUAUAAACAGCAAACUGGCGAUGUUGGAGCAAAAACUUCAGGGAACACCACGCAACAUGGAGGAUCUUCAGUCAAUCUCCAAAAGAGCUCCUGUAGCAAAGACCAAGCGCACGACAAAGGCUGGUGAGCGUGGACCAAACUCUCGGAAGAAAACUAAAAAAGAUGAGGUUGGAAAAACUGAAGCAAUAAUGAAACAGCUUAAACAAGGUCUCUCUCUGCUUCCUUUAAUGGAGCCCUCUAUUACUGCUAGUCUGGAUUUGUUUGCUCCAUUUGGCAGCAGCCCAGCUAAUGGCAAGACUCAGUUGAAGGGCUCUUUUGGAAAUGCAGUAAUAGACAAUAUUCCAGACUACUAUUCCCAACUCCUCACUAAGAAUAACCUCAGCAAUCCCCCAACACCUCCAUCAUCUCUUCCACCGACUCCACCACCUUCGGUGCAGCACAAACUUUUAAAUGGCGUGACUACAGUAGAUGAACUGGCAGAAGACAAGAAGGAACGAGAGGACACAUUGGACCCUGUUCCUGAGGAGGUGAAGAGUGUGGAUAUACUAGCAGCUCUCCCCACUCCUCCACAUAACCAGAACGAAGAUAUGAGGAUGGAGAGUGAUGAUGACAGUGAUGCUCCAGACAGCAUUGUGCCUGCGUCGUCACCUGAAAGCCAGUUUGGUGAUGACAUAUCACGUUUUCCUCAUCUAGUGGAGCCUAAGGAAGAGGAGGAAGAAAGGGCUAUUUCCCCUGUUAUUCCCAUCAUCCCCCGUUCUGCUAUACCUAAUUUCCCAGAGACUAAACCCUUUGAGACAGUAGAAGGGAAAGGUGGCUCCUCUUCCAGCACCUGGGACAGAGCCAGGAGCAACGAAGUGUCUGUUACCUUAUCUCUCUCGGCAGCUGCAGCCAAGAAUCUGAACUCUGUGAUGGUGGCGGUUGCCCAACUGCUGCACAUGCGUAUACCUGGCUCCUAUGAAGUGGCUUUCCCCCAGAGUCCUGGUAGGGCAGGUGGUGUCGGUCCUGGGAAAACACCCGACUCCUCCAAUUCAGGAGGCCUGUGUGUGAAGACUGAUCAGUCUGCAAGCCGAGACGCAGAAUGGCUCAGGCAGUUUGACGUAACCCUGCCAGGCUGUACUCUGAAGAAGCAAAUUGACAUACUUUCUCUAAUCAAACAGGAAUACCCGGAGCAUGAUGACCAGCCUGCUCAGCACUGCUACAUGACCAAUGUAUCAGACCUAGAUGUACGGCACCUUCCCAUCAUUCCUCUUGAGGAAUCUCCACCACCUUCACCACCAGCGCCCGCAGAACCUGAACCCAUCACUCAGUCUCACCCUGACCCUCAACCGGAACUGGACCUUGGGGUUUCUGUUCAGCUCAGGUCAAUCUCCUCCUCUAGCCUAAGUGCUCUCAUUAAGAUGGAGCCUGCAGCUGUCUCAGUAUCAGAGUCUCAGAGCUCUCCUGGUAAACCUGAGCCCGGAGAGGCUCAUCUCUCUCCUCUGGCUGCUCCGCCGGAGGAAGAGACAGUUCGUGCUGCUCCUUCCUCCAUGCCUCAAGACUCCCCAAUGAUGGAGAUCUCCCCUAGACCCAUCAAACAUCGCAACAGGCCCUUCUCUGAGGAUGAGGAGGUGCGUCCCAAGAUCAAGAAGUGGAAAGGUGUGCGAUGGAAGAGACUUCAUCUGGUCAUUACCAUCCGCAAGGGUGGUUCUAAGAAGGAGAACAGCCGGGAAGUGUCUGAGCUCAUGGAUCGCCUGCGUAUCACGCUACGUCCGGAUAAGCUGCCGCGUGACAAGCGCAAGUGCUGCUUCUGUCACGAGGAGGGCGACGGAGCCACGGACGGCCCCGCCCGCCUCCUGAACAUCGACGUGGACCUGUGGGUGCACCUCAACUGUGCGCUCUGGUCUACCGAGGUCUAUGAGACGCAGGGCGGCGCGCUCAUCAAUGUGGAGGUGGCCCUCCGCCGUGGCCUGCGUACCCGUUGCGCCUACUGCCAGAAGACAGGUGCCACCAACAGCUGCAAUCGCCUGCGCUGCCCCAACGUCUACCACUUUGCGUGCGCCAUCCGGGCACGUUGCAUGUUCUUCAAAGACAAGACCAUGCUCUGCACGCAGCACAAGCUGAAGGGCCCCAGCGAUGAGGAGCUGAGCAACUUCGCUGUCUUCCGCCGAGUCUAUAUCGAGCGGGACGAGGUUAAGCAAAUCGCCAGCAUCCUGCAGCGCGGCGACCGCAUACACUUGUUCCGGGUUGGCGGCCUCAUCUUCCACGCGGUCGGCCAGCUCCUGCCCUCUCAGAUGGCCGCCUUCCACUCACCCACUGCCAUCUUCCCUGUGGGGUACGAGGCCACACGGAUCUACUGGAGCACCCGCGUGCCGAACCGCCGCUGCCGCUACCGCUGCCGCAUCAGCGAGCAGGAUGGUCGACCCUUGUUUGAAGUGCGUGUGCUGGAGUCUGGACAGGAAGACAUGCACUUCAAGGACAGUAGUCCAGAUGGCAUCUGGAACAAAAUUGUACAGAAGGUUUCCAAGCUGCGUGAAGAUGCAGCUAUGCUCAAACUGUUCACCGAUCACGUAAAGGGAGAGGAGAUGUACGGACUCACUGUCCAUGCUGUGAUGCGCAUCACCGAAUCACUUCCAGGGGUGGAAAACUGUCAGAACUACAUGUUCAGAUAUGGGCGCCAUCCUCUUAUGGAGCUCCCUCUCAUGAUUAACCCUACUGGUUGUGCACGCUCCGAACCCAAGAUCCUCACACACUGCAAAAGGCCCCAUACUUUGAACAGCACCAGUAUGUCCAAAGCCUACCAGAGCACGUUCACAGGGGAGAUCAACACCCCCUAUAGCAAGCAGUUUGUUCACUCCAAGUCCUCUCAGUACCGGAGGCUAAAGACUGAGUGGAAGAAUAACGUGUACCUGGCUCGUUCCCGGAUCCAAGGGCUGGGCCUGUACGCAGCUAAAGAUCUGGAAAAACACACUAUGGUCAUCGAAUACAUUGGCACCAUCAUUCGUAAUGAGGUGGCAAACCGACGGGAAAAAAUCUAUGAGGAGCAGAAUCGUGGGAUCUACAUGUUCCGCAUCAAUAAUGAGCAUGUCAUCGAUGCCACCCUCACAGGUGGCCCUGCCCGCUACGUCAAUCAUUCCUGUGCACCCAACUGUGUUGCUGAGGUUGUGACGUUUGACAAAGAGGACAAGAUCAUCAUCAUUUCCAGUCGUAGGAUCCCCAAGGGUGAAGAGCUGACAUAUGACUAUCAGUUUGACUUCGAGGACGAUCAGCACAAAAUCCCCUGCCAUUGUGGAGCCUGGAAUUGCCGGAAGUGGAUGAACUAAACAGGGAGACGGAAUGUGUGCGACUCACCUUUGUACUCCCUGAUGCCAGAACACUUCUGCGCCACGGCCUCUUAUAAUUUUAACUACCCAGGUCAUAAGCUGUUUCCGAAAUGAGGGGAGAACGUUUGCUCUCUGUCAGUGGCAAGAUCUUGUUGUUCACAUCAAGAGCCAAAGCUUUGAAUGGAGUCAGUUUUGAAGCCACAACAUUUUCAGAUGAGCUCAAUGGUGUGCUUGAAUAUUCUUGUUAAAACUUGCCUUUGCCAAAAGCACCUCCUUCCUAUUUCCUCUACUGUUGCCCUCCAAUAAGCUCACUCUGGCUGGAAUCAAUCCUCUCUACAUCUACCAAAAUGUCUGAUUCUUUAUCAUAUCAAUACACUUAGGGUAGAACUCAGUGAAGAAAGUUUGAUUAAAGCCAUUUAAGUACUCAAAAAUGAACUAAUAAUACACUUUAGCUUUGGACCUAUCUUUUAUUUUUUGUUUGUUGUUGUUGUUGUUGUUGUUGUUUUUGUUUUGUUUUGUUUUUUUUUCCUACCACCGUCACCCCAGAAUAACAUCCUCGCAUCAAGUCAUCAAUGAAGAUUGACAGCAUGGAUAUUGGCAAGACAAUCCUGGAGUGGCUCACAUCAGAACUAUGUAUCUGUGGUGGACGAGAUGUAAGAUAAUAUAAAGUUUAAAUACUAUUUGACCUGUGGCUCAAAAGGCACCAGAUGUUAUUAUAUUGAGUUUAAAGGUGAGUUCGGUUGACCCAGUCUACCUCAUUGAGUUUGUGGGAAGUGACUGCUUUGUAUUGAAUUGUUAAGUGCUACUGUGGAAAGGGGAAGGCAGGGAUGUUUUCUCAUGGCAGUUGCCUUCUCGGUUCAGCAGGGAAACUUGUCUGUUUUGCUUAUUUACAGUAGUGAGCCAUUGCAACAUCAGUAUACGAAUGACAGAGCCUGUUUUACCGAUUUAUGUCAUCACGCAUUAUUUAGAGCAAUCAAACACCAAAUGGGUGUCCAAAUGUAGGAGACCACCUGGUCUGAGUGACUGUAGAUCUCAUGUAGCCAUUUUUCCUUUGUCAGCUUCAGUCCUGGAUAUUUUUUUCUUUUAUUUUUAACGCACAAGCAAAUCCAUUCUUGCAUUGCUUAGGACGGCGGGUUUUGUGCAAAGAGAGCGACAGGUUUCAUAGCUUAAACCUCAAAGUGAAGCAGAAUCACAUGCGUUUUUUUGGGUUUGCUUUUCUUUUUUUUUUCUUUUUUUUGGCAAAUGUUUGUUCCGUGACCCUCAACCAAAACGAUUGAUUCUUCAGGCUCUUGACUAAUAAACAGUAACUUGUGAUGCAAGACUACUAUCACGAUUGGCAUGUUUUCAUGUUCAUAUUAGAUUCUACAUUUUGAUCUUUACUCCAAAUGGAACAUCUUCAUACACACCUUCUUUGGUAAUAAUUAGUGGACUGUUGUAAACUCACUGUAGUGAGUCCUUCUCUGCCUGACCACAGUCGGUGUGUGCGUGUGUGUGUGUGUGUGUGCGUGCACGCGCUCCCUAUAUUGUGGUGUCAUCACUGUUGACACUGUUGUGGUUUCUUAAAACAGUGGCAGAGAGAGACUUUUAAAAGGGCAUUUUUGUUUUUUCUUUGAUACUUAAGUAAUUUAAAAACGGUUAUAAUGAUGAGUCUUCAGAGUAGGGAGCUGAACAAAGUCUCCACAAAAUGCAUAUUGCUUUGUUCCUUCCUCCCGGACUUAUGACCUCAUAUGAAAAAUAAAUAACGAAAUGUACAAACUGUAUAUAAUGAGGGGCAAAAGCUCUCCAACAUCCCCUUUUUAAUCAAUAAAAUCAAAAUUGUAGAGAAAUAAAAUUGAUGGAAUAAAAAAAAAAACCACUGGAUUAUCAUUUUAUCAGAAAGAUUAAAUGUGUAUAUAAAUAUCUAUAAAUAUAUGUAAAAUGGCAAACGAAGUAAUAUCUUUAUGUAUAUGAAAUCAGAGUGUUUUGCAUUUACCUGUUUUUCUAUUAUCAUUUUUUGCUAUAAGACCAUAUACAGUUUAACAAUAGUGUGAUGAUUAUCUUGUGUUCACCAAUGACAUGGAUGAGUGGUUGAGGUGAAUUAGACCAUUCAAGAUGGGAUUCACAUUGCUAUGUAGUCUGGAUAAUGUCAUCAUGCAAAUAGAUCAUUGGGGGGGGGGGGGGGGUAAAGCAGUAGAAUGGUGCAUAGCGUUUGUGUAUUUAUGUAAUAUUGUUCACAUAUAUUUCUUCUUUUACAAUUAUUUAUGCUACUGCUUGUGAAAUACCUGAAAUAUUGAAACCUGUCCUUGAAAUUGGUCACCAUUUGAUAAGUAAAUUCUCUAAAUAGAAAAUCAUGAAGUUCCUGAGAUGAUACUGUUUCUGAAAUGAUUAGUGUCGUUAUUUUUUUUCCUCCCUGUAGAAGUGAACGUGUUUUAUAUAACUUGUGAAAUGGCAGUAUAGCCAGUGUAUGGUAUGACUUCAAUAUUCAGUGAUAUCCCCCAAUCCUACCUGAGAAUUGCACUCUGAAAUGGUUUUGCUUAGAAUACUCCUGAAGACAGUUUAAAAUAAUAGCAGAAUUGGUGAACUUAAUAGCAGAAUUGGUGAACUUAAUCUGUUGUGUGUAUCUUGUCAAAGAAAGUUAAUUAUAAAACUCACUGGAUUUUAACCUAACUCCUACCUUCUGUUGGAUUAUCUUAAUUUAAGGUCUUUCUGCAUAUCCUCUAAUUUAAUAAAGAAUAGAUUGCUUAUUUUUUUUUUUUUUUAACGUGACCUACUUUUUUAAAAGAUGCUGCACCUGUACAGCAGAGCUACUUUUAGGGAAGAUAAAUGAUCAUUUUUAUUGUAUGUGGCAUGUUUUGUAUGGAUAUAAUUUUGAAUUGUACAUAUUUUUUUGAUGAUGCCAGAGGUUGCUUUACUUUAUAUACAGCUGCCCCCUUCCUUUCCCUGAUCCAUUUUCUUUGUCUGCUUUAUUUCUUGUAAAAGAAAAUAAAAUGCAUUUUAAGUAUA